AUGUCAGAGCCCACAACUGAUGAUUGGCUGGAUAUAGCAUCAGGAUAUUUUGAUAAGACCCAGUUUCCAAAUACAGUCGGGGCGGUUGAUGGAAAACACAUACAGCUAGAAUGCCCCAAAAAUAGUGGGUCUCUGUAUUACAAUUACAAAAAUUUUUUUUCACUUAUACUUAUGGCCAUUUGCGACUCAAAUUAUUGUUUUCGCAUAAUUAAUGUAGGAUCUUACGGCAAAGAAAGUGAUUGCAAUGUUUUUAAAAUGUCACCAUUCGGUAAAAAGUUAUAUUCCGAUAAAACAAACUUUCCACCCGAACGAUGUCUACCUGGGGAUGAUCAAGGCGUACCACAACCAUUUAUACUGGUGGCUGAUGAUGAGGCUUUUGCUCUCAAUAAAAAUUUAUUGCGACCGUUUCCUGGCAGAACUUUAAAUGACGAACGACGGAUUUUUAAUUAUCGUUUGUCUAGAGCCCGUCAGUACAUUGAGUGUUCGUUUGGAAUUUUGUUAAAAAAAUGGAGAGUGUUUCAAACGAGCAUGCUAGUGGAACCAAAUUUUGCGGUUAAAAUUACCAAAGCCUGUUGUGUCUUACACAACUUUGUGAGACGCCGUGAUGGGUUUAAUUUUGAGGAUAGCUUGAAUGGUGGUAUGGAUAGCAUAACUGAGAGAAGAGGAGUUGACAAUGCUCAGACAAAUGCGAAGGAUGUCAGGGAGUAUUUUGUAAAAUACGUAUGUCAACCACCCAAAUAA